AUGGCAGAACGAGGAUCAAAUAAUCGAUUCCGAGUGCGAAUUGAACCGAAUAAAUAUACGGAUGAAAAGUUCGAAUUGUACAAGCUAUAUCAGACUACAGUUCACAACGAUGACGAUCAAGAUGUGACUAAAGAGGGCUUCAAGCGGUUUUUAUGUGAAGACCCCUUCAUUGACGGCAAUGAUAAGGUUGGAGCAUUGCACCAGCUAUAUUAUUUUGAUAAAAAAUUAAUUGCCAUUGGCGUACUGGAUAUCCUUCCGAAAUGCAUUUCCAGUGUAUAUUUAAUCUGGCACCCAGACUAUGCUGAACUGGGUCUGGGAAAACUGUCCGUUUUGCGAGAAAUUGCCCUGACUUUAGAAUACAAAAUUUCAUAUUACUACAUGGGGUUUUAUAUUCACAAUUGUCAAAAAAUGAAAUACAAGGGCCAAUAUAAGCCUAGUUUUUUACUUGAUCCCGAUUUUGGAUCUAGUGGUAAUGAUCUCGAAUGGUAUGCAAUAGAAGAAUUCCAGAAAAAAUUUCAAGAUAAAAAGUACGUCACUCUCAAAGGAUUCGAUAACGAUAAUGCCGAUGAUGAAAUCACCGUUGAAAGUGCAAGUAAUGAAGAUGACGACGACGACUCGCUUCACGUAAUUAGCGCUAGCAUGCCUGGCACACUGAACCGAAUCCAGCUUGAAAAACAAUUGCGCCAUGAAAACUUGAAUCUCGAAAAAGUGCCAAUAAUAUUUAAAGCUCGCUACGGGAGCCCGGAACUGGUAGUGACAUUCGACGACUUGGCUCCACAAUCACAGCCGGUUGCAAUGGAAAUUUUAGAAGACUUGGCAUCCGUUCUUGGAGUGGAAUUCAUGAAAAAUGCAUCUCUUGUUUUGUAA